UCCUGUCUGCUGUCUGGCAGUUCCAGGAAAGUGCACUUAAAAUGGAUUUUCAAAAUGUUACUUACUAAUUUCAAUGUUGGUCCUCAGAAACAGUGAUUGAAGUUCUUCCAGAGGAAGCUAUCGCGGAAUCAGAAUGUUUCAUGGCAGAAGAAAGUAAUUUCGAUUCCCUGAAAGAACUCUUCCAAUUCGUCCCGUCAUUUGCUCUCUCCCCCUCCCCUUUUUACUUCGUUUGAAUAAUUAUCCACUUUCUUUUUGUCCCCGGAUUCUACUUCCACCACUGUUACUGCAUGGACAGAACAUCAAAUCUCCAAAUCUCUCCCUUUAUUCUUUGGAAGAAUGCUUUUAAAGUCAUGGCCUUUGGUUAACAUCCGUGGAAAGAAAUCAAAAACCUGUCAAAAUUGUUCACAGUGCUGCAAUGCUGAUGUCCUCUGGGUCUGUUUCCCUCUUUAAUUCCUAUUUGUCAUCUCUACAACAAAAAUAAGUACUGAACUAAAACACCUUUGAGUGACCGGGAUACCCAGCUUUGAAUAUAGCCGCACUUGUUCUGUGUCCGCGACUCGAUGGUCACUAGGACCCGCUAUAAUCUUAGCGCCAGCUGUCAGUGACUGUAGCACAUGUUACUUCCACAGCACACGGAUGUAAGUGGCCGCACCCCGGCACAGGGACUUCACUGAGUCGCUCCCAGUGCCGGCAUUUUAUUUUUUUUUUUUUUCUGAAAUAAAAGCACCGAAAAUAAGGGGCAGAAAGUGUUGCCCAUAACCGGGAAGUGAUGGGCCUUUCAUGAUUAACUUAACUCUCGCUCCAAUCCCCUCCCCGGACCUCGGCUAUUUCUGACCCUGUUUCCAGCCAGCUUUCACACGGAGCUCGGAUCUGAGAGAGCGAUCGCUCCAGGAUGGGAAGCGAAAACACAACUUUAUGGGAGACGUUGCUGUCUGGACACCAUGCCUGCAGUGGCUGGAAGCAGGGCAUGGAAGGCUCCGUCUACCAUUUAGCCAACAUCUUCUUUACUUUAGGCUACAUGGGCGGCAGUGGGCUAGUUGGCCUCCUGUACAUCAACCUCUUGCUGUGCUGUGGCUUCCUCUGCACUUCCAUCUGGGCGUGGACCGACGUGUGCGCCGCCGAUAUCUUCUCCUGGAACUUCGCCCUGGUGGUCAUCUCCGCCAUGCAGAUCAUCCACGUUGCCUACCAGCUCCGGAGUGUCUCCUUCCAGGAGGAUUUUCAGAACCUGUAUGGUGCUGUCUUUCAGCCGCUGGGAAUCCCUUUGACCAUCUACAAGAAGAUUGUCACUUGUUGCACUGUGGUCUCUUUGGAGAAGGAUCACUGCUACGCCAUGGCGGGAAAAACCCCAAUCGAAAGGCUUUCACUCCUCUUGUCUGGGAGGAUUCGGGUGACGGUGGAUGGGGAGUUUUUGCAUUACAUUCAUCCCUAUCAGUUCCUGGAUUCUCCAGAAUGGGAUUCACUCAGACCGUCAGAGGAGGGGAUCUUCCAGGUGACUCUAACAGCCGAGACCAGCUGUCGUUUUGCGGCCUGGAGGAGAAAGAAACUCUACUUGUUAUUCGCCCAGCACCGCCGCAUUUCCAGACUGUUUUCCGUCUUAAUUGGAAAAGAUAUUGCCGACAAACUGUACUCCUUGAACGACAAAGUCUACAUCAGCAACGGAUUCCGUUAUGAUAUUAGGCUGCCAAGCUUCUAUUACUUGGCCGUGCCUGUAAGCGGUCUGUCGGAGAUGAACCCCAGGCAGCAGCAGAGGUUUAACGGGCAGCCCCCCGGGUGCUGGGCGGUUUAUGCUCAGAGCCCCGGACUGUGCCUGUGCCCCCCGCCCCCCGGACCAAUAAACUCCGAAGUUGAUGUAUUUCUGUUAAAUGUUUUCAGGCUUUGCACAAUGAACGCUACGUCAGGUAAAAGCCCCUGGGCUUUCCGCUCCCUUUUGGUGAACACCACCUUUGCUACUUCGGAUUAUGGCUUCAGCAAUUGGGUGGACCCGAUUUCCAAUCAGACCGAAAGCUGCGACAACUGGAAGGAAAUCCAUCAUUUAGUCUUUCACGUCGCCAACUUCGGCUUCGCCGUUGGGCUGCUUAUUCCCACCACCAUUAAGAUCCACAUGCUACUUCUGCGCGCUAUGAUGAGCGUAGGUUGUGCACUCUUCAUUGUGUGGGCAGUGCUUUAUCGAUGUGCUUUAGACAUAUUGAUCUGGAAUUCCCUGUUUCUUAUUCUCAACAUGUUGCAUUUCCUCUAUCUGUUGUACAAGAGGAGGCCUAUUAAGCUUGAUAAGGAGCUCAAGGUGCUUUACAGGAGAAUGUUUGAGCCACUUCAUGUCCCUCCAGAUUUGUUCCAAAGACUGACUGGACAGUUCUGUAGUAUUAUGACUCUUAAAAAAGAUCAGACCUAUGCUGCAGAAGAUAAAACGUCUGUUGAUGAUCGACUGAGUGUCCUGCUAAAGGGAAAGAUGAAAGUUUCUUACCGUGGGCACUUUCUGCACAACAUUUAUCCAACUUCUUUCAUCGACUCUCCUGAAUUUCGAUCAACUCAGAUGAACAAAGGAGAAAAAUUUCAGGUAACCAUUGUGGCUGAAGAUAACUGCAAGUUUUUGUGCUGGUCCAGAGAGAGGCUAACUUUCUUCCUGGAGACUGAAUCAUUUCUUCAUGAAGUGUUUAAGUAUCUAAUUGGCAAAGAUAUCACGAACAAGCUGUAUUCUUUGAAUGACCCAACACUAAGUGACAAAGAUGCCAAAAAGCUUGAGCGACAGCCAAGUUUAUGUUCCCAGCUUUCAAUGAUGAAAAUGAGAAACAGUAUGACCAGCACAAGCGAUACAGAAGAUGGACUAUCACAUUUUCUACAUGGAGGUUCCACUGCUUCGUCAAUCCAGAGGUCCCCAUAUACUAGGACUUCAGGGAAAAUGAAACCCAUUGAGGAGACUAUUGAGGAUGAUGUCUUUGAACCACCUUCACCAGUUGCCCAGUUGGCCCCCAACUGGUCCUGAGCAAACAAAAUGGAAUGUUCCUAGCAGAGAAGAGCUCUUGUCUGCUGGAAAGUACAAGCAUCUUACAAAUAAGUCCUGUUGCUUUUAACCACUGAACCACCAUUACACAGCCAGCUGUGGCAACUGUAUAAAGUACACAGAGGUCCAGGAUUUGGCAUGUGUUCAUAUGCUUUAUCACUCUGUCACUUUUCUGUUCCUUUCCUAAUUUUGUUAUGGACUGUGAAGUGUGAAACAAUGCACCACAAUUCACAUUUUUGUUCAAAAUGUGUAAUUUUAUUAAAGGUAAAAGCAGGUUAGUUCCACCCCACUUAUGUUUUAGUAAAAAAUUUAAUGAUUAGAAUUGCUGGGCAAGGAUCAGUGGGAGAGCUGUUGCUUCCAUUUUAAAAUGAGUUUUUAAAAUUAAGAUUUGGUUAAAUGCCUGUGCUUAUAUUCAAGUCAAGUUGGAAGUUAUUUGUUAAGAUUCAUCUUCUGCUUCUUGGAGAGUACGAGCCACUAAAAAUCACCUGACCUAGAAAAGAGCUGACUGUCAUGGGCCCCUUGAUGCACUGAAUAAGGGCACAGUGAUGCUGAACAAUGACAAGAUAUUCAAUGACAAGCUAGAUUCCCUUCAGCGCUAUCUUCUCUCACUCACCCUUUUAGUCAUAAAAUAAUGGGUUCUCCUUAUUAUUACUGGUCAUCUAAAAAAAUAUAUCCAGGCCCAUUUUACUUGAAUGCAUUCAGCUGGUGUUUUUUUUUUGUGAAGAGAGUGGUGGGGUUGCUAUGAGUUUUCUGGAGUACCAGGGGGCAAGUGUUAUAACAGAAUUUGGAGGCACACUCACAUAUAAAUCUGUCAACAAUGAAUUGACAUCCUUCAAAACCUCAGUGCACCCAGGACAAAUUACGUACCUAAGAGUGUCAAAAUUAUAAAUUUAAAAAUGAUCACAGGAAAAUAAAAGUAAUAGUAGUGAAAAGUGAUUUGUAGAGCUUGAAAGAGAUGGUGACUGUUGGGCUGAAUUCAGCAUUAUACAAGAGCAGGACAUAUAAGAGAGCAGACUGCCAUAAGAAACUGGAAAGGGAUAUAGGGAAGGAACACUGAUAUAUUUCCAAGUCAGGACAGUGAGUGACUUGGAGGGGAACUUCCAGGUGGCGGUGUACCCAUGUAUCUG